AUGCAUUUCUUGACUAUAUAUCCCAACUGCAGCAGCAGAGUUGUCAGAGUGCACAGCCGGACACAGAGGAAGAACGCUCUUGGACUUGAGGAUUUAGGAAUUCAACACUUGGGACGAAUUGUCAGCCUGUGGUAAGUCAGCAACCCUGCUGUGCGAGCAGCACUCGCUUCAAUGCUGAAGAUGGAGCCUCUGAACAGCACGUACCCCAGCACCGCAGCCUCCAGAAGCCCACUUGAGUCCCACGUGCAUGGUGGCAGCAGCAGCCGUGGCCAUGGCCACGGCAAUGAGUACUUCUACAUUCUGGUCGUUAUGUCCUUCUACGGCAUUUUUUUGAUUGGGAUCAUGCUGGGCUAUAUGAAAUCCAAAAGGCGGGAGAAGAAGUCCAGCCUCCUGCUGCUGUACAAAGACGAGGAGGGGCUCUGGGGGGAGGCCAUGAAGCCGCUGCCCGUGGUGUCCGGCCUGAGGUCGGUGCAGGUGCCCAUGAUGCUGAACAUGCUGCAGGAGAGCAUGGCACCCGCGCUGUCCUGCACCCUCUGCUCCAUAGAAGGGGACAGUGUGAGCUCCGAGUCCUCUUCCCCGGACAUGCACCUCCCCAUCCAGGAGGAGGGGGCGGACGAUGAGCUGGAGGAGACUUUGGAGACCCCCCUCAAUGAAAGCAGUGAAGGGUCCUCAGAGAGCAUCCAUCAGAAUUCCUAGCACCCCACGGUCCCUGCAGGUGGCUCCAUCAGCCAGCACCCUUAGAGAGAGGGAAGACAUUUUUCAAGUGUCUGGUUUCACUUUUGCAGUGCAGCUGCCACCUUGAAGAGACCCUCGGCAAACCCCCAAAUCAGGAUGGGGAGGGGGACAAGGCUCAGCCGGAGCCAGCAGAAGUGAAGAGUCCACUCUGUGCCUGUGGUUUGGACCCGCUACUGAAAAAGCCCUGAAGAUGACAUGCAGCGUGUGCUUUUACUCUGGGGCCAGGGUGUUGG